AUGCUAUUCGAUGGAGCCAUUGUAGACGGUGACGGAGGCAGCGAAAGUCAAUACGAGCCAUGGCCUCUUGUGCCAGCACGCGAGGUGUCAGGUGAUGAGGCUAAUAAUCCGCCUGCUUCAAAGAAGCCAAAGUUGGAUCUUCAGUUAUCCUUAGGCCUGCCCUCAAAGGAUGCGGAGAGCUUACAGCCUGGUCCAUCAAGUCAUCAAUCCCGAAUAAGCCAUCCCAAUGGUAAGCCCUUAACAUUUCCAAAGUACUUGUUUCAAAUGUGA